UACAUCUUAUCGUCGAACUGCCAAAUUUGUCGAUGAUAAAGAGCAUAAACAAAAUUAUAAACAAAAUCAGGUCUAGCAUUUUGUUGAUCACCGGAUAGUAGAAGGGUUAACGUUCAAACAGCAAUGGAAAGAUCCGGGGCAUCCCAAGACAAGAAAGUUCCGCCGCUUAAAAUAAAAAUAAACGUCGACAGUUCACUGCGAGCGGUGUCCACAUCCGAUGAAGAUGAUCCACUGUCUGGUGAAGAAGAUUCCAGUUCUGAGAAUGGAAAUUUAAUAAUCGAUGAGAAGCACGUCGAUUCGCUGGAGGAUGGAUCGUUGGAUGGGGAAACAAUAAUUGUAGAUGAUGUUAUGAUUGACGAAGAUUUCAUAGAUGCGGAUUUUUUACAAGACUCUUCCCAGCGAUCGUCAUGUAGACAAUCUACCACUAGCGAGGAGCAGAAUGUUCACGUGGAACCGAUUAGUACUUAUCAGGAAACAAGUGCAAAUAUACCAGCUCACAGUUCCAAGGGAAGCCGGCGUAAAAGCCAUCACGUUCCGAAGCAAGCGGAUGAUGUUGUUUUUGAGGAAGCUACAAUCAUCUCCGCUCAUGACGAUGAGCUGAGUGAAUUGAAUGAGAGUCCCAAUAGGCAUUUGAUGAAAAAUAUUUCCACGCUGAGGAGCUGUUUGAAUUAUGUUCUGGAGCAGCAGGGUUAUAGGCCUAUGUCAUUCAAGCAUAACUCUGAUAAUGUUACGAAACUUAUCGAACAAUAUAAUCAAAUGAAGAAUAUAAAAAGCAGCAAAAAAUAUUGAA